CCGGUGCUGAAGCGACAUGGCCGGCGGCCGGGCCCCGGCAUAAGCCCUGAGCCCCGCGCUGCGCCCGCCGCGCUCUAGCCGCCUGGAGUCAUGUCUCUGCUGUGCGUGGGAGUCAAAAAAGCCAAGUUUGACGGUGCCCAAGAGAAGUUCAACACGUACGUGACGCUGAAGGUGCAGAACGUGAAGAGCACUACCAUAGCUGUACGCGGCAGCCAGCCUAGCUGGGAGCAGGACUUCAUGUUUGAGAUCAACCGCCUGGAUCUAGGCCUGACCGUGGAAGUGUGGAACAAGGGUCUCAUCUGGGACACGAUGGUGGGUACUGUGUGGAUCCCGCUGCGGACCAUCCGCCAGUCCAAUGAGGAGGGCCCGGGAGAGUGGCUCACACUGGACUCUCAGGCCAUCAUGGCGGACAGUGAGAUCUGUGGUACCAAGGACCCCACCUUCCAUCGCAUCCUCCUGGACGCUCAUUUCGAGCUGCCCUUGGACAUCCCUGAGGAGGAGGCACGCUACUGGGCCAAGAAGCUGGAGCAGCUGAAUGCUAUGCGUGACCAGGAUGAGUACUCCUUCCAGGACCAGCAGGACAAGCCGCUGCCAGUGCCCAGCAGCCAGUGCUGCAACUGGAAUUACUUUGGCUGGGGAGAACAGAAUGACGACCCCGACAGUGCGGUAGAUGACCGAGACAGUGACUAUAGGAGUGAGACCAGCAACAGCAUCCCACCGCCCUACUAUACGACUUCGCAGCCCAACGCCUCUGUGCACCAGUACUCCGUGAGGCCGCCCCCUCUGGGGUCCCGGGAGUCCUACAGUGACUCCAUGCACAGCUAUGAGGAGUUCUCUGAGCCGCGGGCGCUCAGCCCCACAGGCAGCAGCCGCUAUGCUUCAUCCGGGGAGCUGAGCCAGGGCAGCUCACAGCUGAGCGAGGACUUCGACCCAGAUGAACACAGCCUGCAGGGCUCGGAGUUGGACGACGAGAGGGACCGCGACUCUUAUCACUCCUGUCACAGCUCUGUGAGUUACCACAAGGACUCACCCCGCUGGGACCAGGAUGAUGAGGAUUUGGAGGACCUGGAGGACCUGGAAGAUGAGGAGCUGCCUGAGGAGGAGGAGCUGGAGGAGGAGGAGGAGCUGGAGGAGGAGGGGGAGGAGGAGUUGGAGGAAGAGGAUUUGGAGGAGGAGGAGGAGGUGCCUGAUGACCUGGCCAGCUACACCCAGCAGGAGGACAUCACUGUGGCUGAGCCCAAAGAGUUCAAGCGGAUCAGCUUCCCAACGGCUGCGCCUCAGAAGGAUGACAAGGUUUCAGCUGUGCCUACAGAGGCCCCCGAAGUGGUCAAAGGCGUCCCCAAAGCAGCCACACCUGAGGAGAAGGCAGCUGCAGAGCGUGCACCGGAAGCCGAGCCCCCCAAGUCUGAGGAGAGUUUCAGGUCUCGAGAGGAGGAGGAGGGCCAGGAAGGGCAGGAUGCCAUGUCCAGGGCCAAAGCCAACUGGUUGCGAGCCUUCAACAAGGUGCGCAUGCAGCUGCAGGAGGCCCGAGGAGAAGGAGAGAUGUCCAACUCUCUAUGGUUCAAAGGCGGUCCUGGUGGUGGCCUUAUCAUCAUUGACAGCAUGCCAGACAUCAGGAAGCGGAAGCCCAUUCCCCUCGUGAGCGACCUGGCUAUGUCGUUGGUGCAGUCGCGGAAGGCGGGCAUCACCUCGGCCUUGGCCUCCAGCACGUUGAACAAUGAAGAGCUGAAAAAUCACGUUUACAAGAAGACCCUGCAAGCCUUAAUCUACCCCAUCUCCUGCACCACGCCGCACAACUUCGAGGUGUGGACGGCCACCACACCCACCUACUGCUAUGAGUGCGAGGGGCUGCUGUGGGGCAUCGCGCGGCAGGGCAUGCGAUGCACCGAGUGCGGUGUUAAGUGCCACGAGAAGUGCCAGGACCUGCUCAAUGCGGAUUGCCUGCAGCGGGCGGCUGAGAAGAGUUCCAAGCAUGGCGCUGAAGACCGCACGCAGAAUAUCAUCAUGGUGCUGAAGGACCGCAUGAAGAUCCGCGAGCGCAACAAGCCUGAGAUCUUCGAGCUUAUCCAAGAGAUCUUCGCGGUCACCAAGAGUGCGCACACACAGCAGAUGAAGGCUGUCAAGCAGAGCGUGCUGGACGGCACAUCCAAGUGGUCUGCCAAAAUUAGCAUCACGGUGGUCUGUGCCCAGGGCUUGCAGGCCAAGGACAAGACAGGAUCCAGUGACCCUUAUGUCACCGUCCAGGUUGGGAAAACCAAGAAAAGGACAAAAACCAUCUACGGGAACCUCAACCCAGUGUGGGAAGAGAAUUUCCAUUUUGAAUGUCACAACUCCUCUGACCGGAUCAAGGUUCGUGUCUGGGAUGAAGAUGACGACAUAAAAUCCCGUGUGAAACAGAGGUUUAAGAGGGAGUCUGAUGACUUCCUAGGGCAGACAAUCAUCGAGGUGCGGACGCUUAGCGGCGAGAUGGAUGUGUGGUACAAUCUGGAUAAGAGAACGGACAAGUCGGCCGUGUCGGGGGCCAUCCGGCUUCACAUCAGUGUGGAGAUCAAAGGGGAGGAGAAGGUGGCACCCUACCACGUGCAGUACACCUGUCUGCAUGAGAACCUGUUCCACUUUGUGACGGACGUGCAGAACAAUGGGGUGGUGAAGAUUCCCGAUGCCAAGGGUGACGACGCAUGGAAGGUUUACUACGAUGAGACAGCCCAGGAGAUCGUGGAUGAGUUUGCCAUGCGCUAUGGCGUUGAGUCCAUCUACCAAGCCAUGACCCACUUUGCCUGCCUCUCCUCCAAGUAUAUGUGCCCUGGGGUACCCGCUGUCAUGAGCACCCUGCUUGCCAACAUCAACGCCUACUACGCGCACACCACCGCCUCCACCAACGUGUCUGCCUCCGAUCGCUUCGCUGCCUCCAAUUUUGGGAAAGAGCGCUUUGUGAAACUUCUGGAUCAGCUACACAACUCCCUGCGGAUCGACCUGUCCAUGUACCGGAACAACUUCCCAGCCAGCAGUCCUGAGCGGCUGCAGGACCUCAAGUCCACGGUGGACCUGCUCACCAGCAUCACCUUCUUCCGGAUGAAGGUUCAGGAACUGCAGAGCCCGCCGCGUGCCAGCCAGGUGGUGAAAGACUGUGUGAAGGCCUGCCUCAACUCCACCUAUGAGUACAUCUUCAACAACUGCCAUGAGCUCUAUGGACGGGAGUACCAAACGGAUCCGGCCAAGAAGGGGGAGGUUCCCCCAGAGGAGCAAGGCCCUAGCAUCAAGAACCUGGAUUUCUGGUCCAAGCUGAUCACCCUCAUCGUGUCAAUCAUCGAGGAGGAUAAGAAUUCUUACACACCCUGCCUCAAUCAGUUUCCCCAGGAGCUCAAUGUGGGGAAGAUCAGUGCUGAGGUGAUGUGGAGUCUAUUUGCCCAAGACAUGAAGUAUGCCAUGGAGGAACAUGACAAACACCGGCUGUGUAAGAGUGCAGAUUACAUGAACCUGCACUUCAAGGUGAAGUGGCUGUACAAUGAGUACGUGGCCGAGCUGCCCACCUUCAAGGACCGUGUGCCCGAGUACCCUGCGUGGUUUGAGCCCUUCGUCAUCCAGUGGUUGGAUGAGAAUGAGGAGGUGUCCCGGGACUUUCUGCAUGGUGCCCUCGAGCGGGACAAGAAGGACGGGUUCCAGCAGACCUCAGAGCACGCCCUGUUCUCUUGCUCAGUGGUGGACGUCUUCUCCCAGCUUAACCAGAGUUUCGAGAUCAUCAAGAAGCUGGAAUGUCCUGAUCCCCAGAUUGUGGGCCAUUACAUGCGGCGUUUUGCCAAGACCAUUAGCAAUGUGCUUCUCCAGUAUGCAGACAUCGUUUCCAAGGACUUCGCCUCCUACUGCUCCAAGGAGAAGGAGAAAGUGCCCUGCAUCCUCAUGAACAACACACAGCAGCUACGGGUGCAGCUGGAAAAGAUGUUUGAGGCGAUGGGCGGGAAGGAGCUGGACGCCGAGGCCAGUGGCACCCUGAAGGAGCUGCAGGUGAAACUCAACAAUGUCCUGGAUGAACUCAGCCAUGUGUUUGCCACCAGCUUCCAGCCACACAUUGAGGAGUGUGUCAGACAGAUGGGUGACAUCCUGAGCCAGGUGAAGGGCACAGGCAAUGUUCCUGCCAGUGCCUGCAGCAGUGUGGCCCAGGAUGCAGACAAUGUGCUGCAGCCCAUCAUGGAUCUUCUGGACAGCAACCUCACCCUGUUUGCCAAAAUCUGUGAGAAGACAGUUCUAAAGCGGGUGCUGAAGGAGCUCUGGAAGCUGGUGAUGAACACAAUGGAGAAGACCAUCGUCCUGCCGCCGCUCACUGACCAGACGAUGAUUGGUACCCUCUUGAGAAAACAUGGCAAGGGCCUAGAAAAGGGCAGGGUGAAACUGCCAAGCCACUCAGACGGGACACAAAUGAUCUUCAAUGCUGCCAAGGAGCUGGGCCAGCUGUCCAAACUUAAGGAUCACAUGGUACGGGAAGAAGCCAAGAGCUUGACCCCAAAGCAGUGCGCUGUUGUUGAACUGGCCCUGGACACCAUCAAGCAAUACUUCCACGCGGGGGGCGUGGGCCUCAAGAAGACCUUCCUGGAAAAGAGCCCGGACCUCCAGUCUCUGCGCUACGCCCUGUCGCUCUACACGCAGGCCACCGACCUGCUCAUCAAAACCUUCGUGCAGACGCAGUCAGCACAGGUCCAUGGUGGAAAGGGGACUAGGUUUACCCUUAGUGAAGACGUUUGUCCUGAGAUGGGCUCUGGAGUGGAGGACCCUGUAGGUGAAGUGUCCGUCCACGUGGAGCUGUUCACCCAUCCGGGAACUGGGGAACAGAAGGUCACAGUAAAGGUGGUGGCCGCCAAUGACCUCAAGUGGCAGACUUCUGGCAUCUUCCGCCCGUUUAUCGAGGUCAACAUCGUUGGACCUCAGCUUAGCGACAAGAAACGCAAGUUCGCCACCAAAUCCAAAAACAACAGCUGGGCGCCCAAGUAUAACGAGAGCUUCCAGUUCUCCCUGAGCGCCGACGCGGGCCCCGAGUGCUACGAGCUGCAGGUGUGCGUGAAGGACUACUGCUUCGCGCGCGAAGACCGCACCGUGGGGCUGGCGGUGCUGCAACUGCGGGAGCUGGCCCAGCGCGGGAGCGCCGCGUGCUGGCUUCCACUCGGCCGCCGCAUCCACAUGGACGACACGGGGCUCACAGUGCUGCGCAUCCUGUCGCAGCGCAGCAACGAUGAGGUGGCCAAGGAGUUCGUCAAGCUCAAGUCGGACACGCGCUCAGCCGAGGAGGGCGGUGCCGCGCCUGCGCCCUAGCGCGCGUUUUGGCGGCGGGGCGGGGCCGGGGAACGGAUGAGGCCCCGCCUUCCCUAGACCAGCGUCUCUCCAGAGGCCACGCCCCUGCACCUCAGUGGCCUUGGCUGGGGAGGCCCUGCCUCCUGCCCCUGGAAAAGCCAUAGAGGGUCCGGUGCCCAGGGCAUGGGCUGGGCAGGGCUGCCUGGGAGGCCGGGUCGUAGCCUCUGGUGUCUGUGCAAAAUACAGUGCGGGAUGGGCUCUCAAAAAGCACACGCGCCCUUGGCGCACACCUGGGGCUGAGGGCGCCUCUCUCUGCGGACCCCGACCUCAGCAGCGGGCCCACUGGCAGCUGGCGACACCCUGCUCGUGCCACACACGGUGGGCUGAGCGCCGACGAAAGGCUCAGCCCCCAUCGCUGCUAAAUACCCGAUUUAGAAUCUCCCCGAUUCUUCCCCGAAGGCCCCACAGGCCAGGCGCCCCCCCCCCCAUUGAACCCGCUGCCAAACAAGUUUCUGUCCUUGCCCUUCCUUCUGGGACUUUAGUUGGAACCAGCCUAGUCAAGGGGGGAGGGGGAGUUGGGGUUUUCCCAGAGCCAAGGGCCCCAUCCCAUCUUUUCUCCAAAUCCAGAGAGGAAAUAACAGAGGGAUGAGAAGCUAGGAAGGAGGGAGAGUGCGGAUAGGAGCGUGCAUUUCUGAGUGUCCUGUGCUCGUGAUAAAGGGGUGACCCUUUCUAAUUGGCUUUGAACCACAGCAUGUCCCCUGAAUGUCACGUGCAGUGACAGUAGAAUUCAGGUUCUUACCUAGGAUCCAGGUUUCAUCCAUGGACAGGGAGUUCAGAGGCUACAUUCCAUAUAUUGAGGGGGGACUCGAUCCCGCCCACACUGGAGCUCAGGAGAGAGUGACUUACACUUUAGGGCAUCAAAUAUGGCUAAAGGGGAAGUGGCCUAACCAGCGAGCAAUCAUAUAAAGUUUCUAUAUUGCUGGCAAGAAUGUGGGGGUUUGUGUGACUGACAGAGCCAAGACAGUUAUGGUGACCUCUGCAUGUGUGCAAGUGUGUGCCUGUGUGUGUGUGUUUUCUAGCCCCAGAAGGAAGUACAUGGGAGUGUUUGUCUAGGGAAUUGGUCUGACUCCCAGGCUAAGGACUGUCUGAAAUUCCCUUAUUUACCCAGAGACCUAUUCAUCUUCUCAGCAUCCACUACAACCCCCACACUCUACCACCCCCACCCCCACCCCCGUACAAAUCAUUACUCAAGGAAUUCCCCAGUAUUCUUUCCCUUUUCUGAUUUGGCCCUGAUGUCAUGAGACUGAGGCUUCACGGGAGCCCCAAGCUUCCCCAGAAUAAUCAGGUCACAGUCAUUGAAGGAAGGUCAUGCUGACUUGAAUUGUGUUGAGAGUGGCUGAGGGUCUGCAUGUGACCCCAAUUCACAUGCACCGUUUUUCAUUAGUUUCCCCUGACUUGACAAAUAUGUGGGAGGUGUCCAAGCUGAGCCCAGGACACAAUAGAUGGAAGUAGAGCAGAGGGCCGAGCUCUGAUCUCAGGACAGCCCCAGAUAUAGCAAUGUCCUGAAAGGAAGUUACUCCAGGGCCUGGCUGGUUGAUUUCUCACCACCUCGCCCUGGCGGCCCCUCGCCGUUGGAGUCCUGCAUUAGAACAUACUGGGGUGCAGCUCCAGAAUCCGCAGGUCAGGGGCGGUUGGAGACUGGUUAGCCUGGCCUUCAGCAGGCAGGAAGAAGCCACAGCCCCACCCCCAGGAGAGGCGGAUGCCAAGGGGUGAGGGAGGUUGCAGUGUGGGCAGACGAGGGAGAGGAAGAGCAGGUGGAAGGGGCUGGGGUCCAGGCUUAUCUUCCUCAGUUAGGGGACUAGGGCGGAGCUCAGCACCUGCCAACCAUGCAUCGGAAAGUUCCUUUCCCGGCGCUGAAAAAUUAAAAAGGCCCUGCAGUCAGCUCACCAUGUCUGGGCAAGUCAGCACUUGAAGGGUCGUCCUCUGUACUCCAGUCUGUUUCAGGCCCCAGGGC